AAAUGACGACACAUCCGGAAAUAGAAGAAGAAGAUUCACAAAGUUGCAGCUGAACUUGAUUUUACAGUUUUGGAAGUUAACCAAAUAGCCCUCGUCAGCUCAGUUUAAAGGCUGUAAGUGUGUGAGGAGCAAUGGAGGCCACAGAAACAGACCCCAUGAAGAGUGGGGAGGCAGGUGUAGAAGAUGGGCAAACACCUCCCACACAAUUGAAGAAAAAGAAGAGUUGCAGGGAAGGCUUGGGUUUUACUAAGCUGUCUCACUGGCGCACUGCUGCCUUCUUCUUUUCGCUGUUUCUCUGCCUCACCAUAGUCUUUGCCUUCUCUUUCAUCAUGCCAUGUCCUGUCCGACCACAAUAUCUCAGUGCCUGGAAUCGCACCUUUCCUCAAGCAGCCACCUAUGACUUCCUGACCAUAGAAGAUGCCACCAAAGAUAAAGUACUGGAUGUGCUAUUCGCCCGCAAGGAUUCAGUGGGUAGUCUGAAUAUCACAUGUGAAGGCCUGCCCACGCCCUGUGUGUUUGUGUCAGCGGUGGCAGGGACAAAUGGGAAGACCCUGUGGGAGCGUCCCCUGGCCCCGGACUUCCAGUGGGCCCAGUGUGGUCUGAAGGGACUGGGAGGCACAGACAGCGGCUGUCUGCUGUCACACGCUGAUCAACUCACGGCCAUAGACAAAUACGAAGGAAAGAUUGUGUGGCAUCGGCCCCAGCCCCCAGGCCUGACCUGCACCCUCCCAGUUCUUAGUGUUCCAGACCUGGAUGGUGAUGGGAACAGUGACGUAGCUCUGGUGGCACCAGGCCCACUGCAGACACAGCUCGUGUUUCUGUCAGGAAAGACAGGGGUACAGAUUGGGUCAGAAGUGGUUCUGGACACUUCUGAGACAGCCAAGCAUCUCCUGCACCCAACUACUAAAGGCUCCCACUAUGUACUUCUUCAGAAAGAAUUUGGCUUAUACGGUUUGGCUCUGUGGAGGAUUGUAGCUAAAGCUAAAGCAGGUGCAGAGGCUAACCUUAAGAAAGACCAAAAUUGGGAAUCAAAAGCUGAUCCCAUCACUGGCCUUGUACCAGUCUAUGAGUCUGACUCAUUGAGACAUGUGUUGAGGACAAAGAAGACAGAUAGCGCAUCGAACCUGCUGCUGUUGACUGGAGAUGCAGUGGUACUCGUUGACGGAAACAGUAGGGUCCCACUGUGGACAGUCAACACCAGCACUGUCCUGAGUGAACCUUCUUUUGGACACUUCAACAAAGAUGGAAAGCUUGACUUUGUGAUUGAGGAGGAUAAUGGCAAUGGCACGAAAAGGGUGGUGAUACUAGAUGGGCAGACAGGUGGCAUUCUGUGGGAGGUCAACCUGCUAGCCAGCCCCAAUUCCCCCAGACCAGCCUCAGUCAACACCAUCAACUACUUCUCUGUCUUCAUGUUCUGGGGGGGGAUGCCUUCGGAGACCAACUCCUCAAAUUCUUUGGGUGAGGAACACCGUUCCUACAUGCUCCACCCAGAUUAUUCCAAAGUCCUGCUGGAGAAGAACAAUAUCAGGGACCACAUCAUUGCAUUUAAAGCCACCCUGCUGGAGAAGGGGCGCCACGCCUGCUACAUCCUGCUGACGGGGCCGCAGAGCGAAGGGGAGGAAGGCACAGUGGUCCUUAGGAAGCGCAAGCUGAAACAGGAUGUUCCAGAGAGCCGAGUCCUCCGCAUAGGCGCUGGCGGCAGCAGUAAGAGUAACGAGGAGAUCCUAGAAGCCUUCAACAGACUGCGCUUCAGUGAUGAGUGACACAGAGGCUGUUACCACAACAACCUUCCUAUGCAUAUUUCCUGCUGAUAACCAAAAUGUUUACCAUAGCUCUGUCAACUUUACACAGUCCACCAAAGUGUGGACAACAGUAGCUGUUGUAGCCUCAGUGCUGAGAACCGAAUCGAAUUGCUGUACCCAAAUCAUCCCUUGACCCCUUGUGUGUGACGUUUACUGUCCAUGGGUUUGCUUGAGACUGACUGGAGCCCAAGCUAUCUGACAGACAUUUUACUGUCAUUAGGUCCAUCCACUGCUGAUAAUACCACCUGCUUGUCUCUUGACAAUCAAAACUAAAGCCUACUUUACAUUAUAGAAAGAUUGUGGUCAUGAUAAGGAUGAAAAGCACUUUUGAGCAUUGCUCAAGCUCAAGGUUGUUUAUCUUAGCGCACAAUUGAACUAGCCUCGACAAGAGCUUGAGUUUGCCAACAGUAUAAACAAUAUUUUCUAAAGGCAGCAGGUCAUCAUCAGAACACUUAACUAGAUGCGCAGUAGUUGAGUUACCAUACUGCAGCCUAUAGCGUUUUAUUUUUAUGACGGGUACUGUGAAGACUUUUAAAGAGGCUUAUCUGUGUUUUGAACAUAAAUGAGAGCUGCUAUGUUGCCCUUGAUUGCUGUAGUUCAAAACCGCUUUUUUACUGGUACUGCUUUUAUAUACACUAGCAAUAUUAUAACCCAGACAUACUGUAGACCACCAUCAGAUUGAACCAGUAGAUGGUACUGUACCCCUCCAAGUCGCAAUAGUAGGUGCGGCCUGAGUAGUUGUCUUUUUUUCUUAGAACUAAAGAUUAUUAAUAUAAGGGAUCAAAACUGAAUUGUGUGAAGAUGCUUGAUACAGUGGGUACUACGGUAUGUGUUCAUACUCGUGUUAUAAGAUACCUUUAAACGAUGCUGUUUGGGAAACGGGUUUGUGUAUUUGCCUUAAUAAAUAAUAUAUAUUUAACCUGUAGAACAGGCCUUCUAUUGAGCUGGUUUUCUGUCUUUUGAUGUUGUUGAUGUUUAAAUAUGUAAUAAUAUAAUAAAUCAAUGU